AUGUCGGCGCCGAUCCAACCUGCCGGCGCGGAGGGGUUUUACGGCUCCAAGGACCACCGGGAAGAGGGCGCGCAGGACAAGACGGGCGCGGGGAUUGUCGUCACGCACGCUGGAAACGAUGCGGGCGCGCAGGCGAAUCCGACGCUCGAGGCGGUUGCGGAGAGUAAAGGACGGUGGUUCCAGUACGUCAAGACGAAGCAGUUUUGGAUCACGCUGCUUCUGGGGUCAACCAACACGCUGUCCACGCUCCUCGCAAACGAAGGAACCUCGAUCCCCGCUUUCCAGUCGUUUUUCAAUUACGUCCUGCUCAACCUGAUCUACACGACGUACACGAUUUACAAAUACGGGUUCAAGAGGUGGGCACGGCUGUGUGUGGUUGAUGGAUGGCGGUUCUUCAUCCUAGCGUUCUUCGACGUCGAGGGAAACUACUUCGUCGUGCUGGCAUAUCGCUACACGACCAUCCUCUCCGCGCAACUCAUCAACUUCUGGGCCAUUGUAAUCGUCGUCGUCAUCUCCUUCUUCUUCCUGCGCGUGCGCUACCACUACACGCAAAUCUUCGGCAUCCUGCUGUGCAUCGGCGGGCUGGGCGUCAUCUUCGGGUCCGACCACAUCACAGGCGCCAACGCGUUUGGCGCCAGCGACGCCGUCAAGGGCGACCUGUUCGCGCUGCUCGGCGCCACCUUCUACGGCCUGAGCAACGUCUUUGAAGAGUUUCUCGUCUCGGAGCGCCCGCUGUAUGAAGUCGUCGGGCAGCUCGCGUGGUGGGGCAUGUUUAUCAAUGGCACGCAGGCCGGCAUCUUCGACCGCUCGUCGUUCCGCAGCGCGACGUGGAAUUCAAAGGUCGGCGGGUACCUCACGGGGUACACGUUCAUCCUGACGCUGUUUUAUUCGCUCGCCCCGCUGCUCUUCCGCCUCUCCAGCGCCGCGUUUUUCAACAUUUCCCUGCUGACUGGCAGUUUCUGGGGCGUCGCCAUUGGCCGUCAAGGUCUUCCACUUGAGCAUACACUGGAUGUAUCCCAUUGCGUUUGUGCUGAUUAUUCUGGGCCAGGUGAUUUAUUUCCUGAGACAGACUCAGCUGGGGGAUGCGUUGAAGCCGUGGUUGGGCGCGGAUCAGGGCAAGGGGCAUGCGGGGUUGGGGACGGCGAGGAAGAGGGUUGA